AAUACCAAAUACAUUUCCCUCUGAAAGACAUCCUGACCCCAUCUGCUGGUGAAUAAAUGACACAACUGCAUUCCUGCUGCUGAUCAAUCAUCCUGUGACAGAGGUGAGAGAAAACCAGAGACUGUUUAAAGGAGGAAACCAAAGAAGAUUCAGAGAUUGAUGAAGAUGCCAUCAGAGGAGGUGAGAUCUCUGCUGGGAAACACACACUUGGAGUGAAUAAAGAAGAGAAGUGGAGAGACUGUGAGUUGAUACCUGUUCAACUUCAUCGUCCCAACCUGAAUACCAAAGUUCAUUUCCCUCUGAAAGACAUCCUGACUCCAUCUGCUGGUGAAUAAAUGACAUAGCAGCAUUUCCUGCUGUUGAUCAAUCAUCCUGUGACAGAGGAGAGAGAAAACCAAAGGUUUAGAGAUUGUUGAACAGAGCUGAGACGCCAUCAGAGGGUCUGAAAUCUUUGCUGGAAAACACACAAGUUUGGAGUAUAUUAGGGGAGAAGUGGACAGAAAACUUUAGAAAUAACUUUAAAAUCAAAUGGCUGAGAAAACCGCUCUUCUUGAAAGUGACCUGAGCUGCCAUGUGUGUUCAGAGACUUUCAGAGACCCUGUGUCUCUGAGCUGCAGCCACAGCUUCUGUUUGAGCUGCCUGCAGAGAUUCUGGGAACAAAGUAAGAACAAAAACUGUCCUAUUUGUAAAAUAAAUUUCUCAAAAAAUCUUGUGGUGAAUUUUACACUGAAGGAGCUGGCUGACUCCUUUGCUGAGAGACAGGAAGCUGGAUCUGAACAAGCAGUCAGUGAGCUGAAGGACCUGCUGAAAUCUGACUUAGGGUCUCUGCAGGACAAGAGGGACAAAUACAAAGGAGUGGAGAAAACAUACAAGGAAGUGAUUCAAGGUUCCAAGAAGCAGCUGCUGUCCACAGAGAGGAAGAUCAGAGCAGAGUUCAUCAAGCUCCAUCAGUUCCUGAAAGAGGAAGAGGAGUCCAGACUGGCAGCUCUGAAGGAGGAAGAGGAGCAGAAAGGGAAGACUAUCCGCAGAGAGAUGAAGAGCAUUCAGAAGCACAUCUCCUCUCUGUCACACAGUAUCUCUGCUGUUGAAGAAGAGCUGCAGAAACACAACGGGCCCUUCCUCAGCAGUUACAAAGCCACUCAGAGCAGAGCCAGAGUCCAGAGCUCACUGUCAGACCCACAGCUGCUCUCAGGAGCGCUGAUAGAUGUGGCCAAACACCUGGGCAACCUGUCCUUCAGAGUCUGGGAGAAGAUGAAGGACCAGGUCCACUUCAGUCCUGUCAUUCUGGACCCAAACACUGCAAACCGCUGGCUCUCUCUGUCUGAUGAUCUGACCAGUGUGAGAUAUGGAGACAAAGAUCAGCAGCUUCCUGAUAAUCCAGAGAGAUGCACUAACUAUGCUGAUGUUCUGGGCUCUGAGGGCUUCAGCUCAGGGAAACACAGCUGGGAGGUGGAGGUGGGAGAUCAUCCUAGCUGGAUUAUAGGUUUGACUAAAGACUCAGCUGACAGGAAGGGAAAGAUAUUUGUCUCACCAAAAGAUGGAAUCUGGUGUUUAGAACAUAGCAGUGGAGAAUACACUAAUGGUGCUGGUGAGACUGUCGGAGUGAAGAAGAAUCUCCAGAGGAUCAGAGUCCAGCUGGACUAUGACAUGGGGGAGGUCUCCUUCUACGACCCUGAAGACAUGACUCCCAUCUACACUUACAGAGACACUUUCACUGAGAAACUCUUCCCAUUUUUCAGUAUUGGAGAAGCUGGUGAUGCUAAAACUGCUGAUAUCAAAAUGUGUCAAAGUGAGAUUCCUCUGUGAUGCUCAGGAGUGUUAGUUCAGACUUUAUUCUGACUUCACUGUCCGUCUAGAUGUCUUUGAAAUAAUCAGGAUAAGAAACAGAUAAUCAUCAGAUCAUAAUUUUAGCCUGUAAGAUUUCUAAAUGUUCUGAAAAUGUGAUCAUGUUUUAUUUACAGCUUUCCCAAAGUCCCAGUGUAAAAAAAACAUUGUUUUUAGUUAUAGUUAAUAUGUGGUAAUAGUUGUUCAUAGGCUGUGUGUCGUGUUCAUGUAACUCACUGACAUUUUCUUUUUUUAUCUUAAUCUGAAAAUAAUUGUUGACAUAUUGAGUCAAGGAAGAGGAAUGUUUACAUUUUUGACCCAACAUCUUUAAAUCAAUUAAUAGAUGUUCUGUUUUCCUUUAAUGGAUGUCAUCAGAAUGGUUUUUUUUUGUGGUGAAUUCUUGACUUUUAACAAAUGUAAUCAUUUUGUAUGUUUUGCUGAAAUGGCAUGAAACCAACAAAACUAACAAAUCAAAGCUGUCAAUUCUCCUUUUAUCAACAUCUAGUCUAUAGUCAAACAUCAUUUGUAAAGCACUAUAAUUCAUCCGUUUAACUUGAAUAACUGAUAUUUUGGGGUCUUUUGAUUCAUUAUUUGUAUAUAUGGGUAUGUUGUUUUCCUGCAGGUAGCAUCUUUGAUUGAUUCUUCGUCAUGUGACAUUCUCCGUACUGUAUAGAUGGACAAUAACAUUUAUGGUAAUUGAAAAUGUCAAUUUCUUAUUAACCUAAAGGGAAUAACAGCUUUACAAUUAAGUUUAGUAUGUGUAAUGCUGCUUCUGAUCUCUUGUGAUUGAAUAACCAGCAGUUUUAUUCAGAUAAUGAGGUUUUUUCCAGUUUCUUCACGUACAUCUGUCAAAUAGCCAUGUGACAAUUUACAGAGAAUAUACAUGAUGUAAGAGAAUUGUACAAAAAUAUAAAUAAAUAAUUUCUUAAUGAUGUAA